CUUUCUAAUUUUAACUUUAUUAAAAAGUAUAAAACACAAAUAAGCAUCAAUGUCCCAUUCUACUGUUGUUGAAGCAGAUGAUGCAACUAUGCUCUUGUCUAAGAGGGAAUUUCACAAUGAUAAAGAUUCAACCUACUGGCUACCAAAGGAUAAAGAAGAGAAGAAUAGAUUGAUAAGGCAACACUAUGUUAUAAAGGGUAUUUUUGAAGGAAACUUCCUCAAGAGCAUUGGGGAAACCCUUAAUUUUAAAAAGGAUAUCUCUAUUCUUGACGUUGGAUGCGGGUCAGGCAUUUGGAUCAUGGACAUGAUUAAAGAUUACCCCAACUGUUCCUACCAUGGAUGUGAUAUUGUUGACUUUACCCAGGGGACUAUCAGCUCCAGUCAGUUUACCUUUAAUUAUGGAAAUGUUGCAAAGGGUCUCCCAUAUCCUGACAACUCAUUUGACUUUGUGCAUAUGAGAUUACUUGUAUUGGCGCUUCGUGAGGAAGAAUGGCCGAUUGCCAUUAGGGAAUUGCUGCGUGUCACUAAACCAGGAAGAAUGAUACAACUGCUAGAGAUAGACCAUAAAUUGACAGGAAAUGUCAUGGUACAAGCGUUUUUAGCUUCAAUUCAUGCAGCUUGCAGGUCAAGGGGACAAAACGCCUGCAUAGCCACUGAGCUGAAGAAGAUUGUUUCUGUGAUUAACAAUGCCAAAAUAGUUCAAGUAGACUAUAUAAUAACUGAUUUAUAAAGUAGAAAAAAGAACAUGCAUUGGAUUUGGGAAGAUGUCUUAAAAAGCAUGCUACCUACUAUUGGGCCACAGCUAGGUCUCUACGAUAAACCAUCUCAAUUAGAAUAUGUUGAAGAAUUUAAACGUAGUUUGGCCAUACCAGAAACCUAUUUCUGUAUUAGUUCAUUAGCAAUACAAAAAAUCUAACCUGUAUUUAAAGGAGAAGUUCUUACCUGUAUGUAUGUGUUCACUAUGCCAGCAAAAUAAAGAAGGGAUUAAGGUUGUCAUUAAAGGAGAGGAAAAUAUAUUUU